AUGGACCUCGACGUCGCCAUCAUCGGUGCUGGAUGGCACGGUCUCGCGGCCCUCAAAACUUAUCAUCAGCUCCAUCCCGAUGCCUCCAUUCUCCUCCUGGAGGCCGCGUCGUCGGUCGGCGGCGUCUGGGCGAAACAUCGUCUAUAUGCCGGUCUCAAAUCCAACAACAUGCGAGGCACCUACGAGUUCAGCGAUUUCCCUCUGGAUGAAUCCUUUGGCGUGCAACCGGGGCAGCACGUCCCGGGGCCGGUGGUGCAGCGCUACAUGGAGCGGUUCGUCGAGCACUUCGACCUCACCCCUUACAUCCGCUUGAAUGCUCGCGUCCACGUCGCCGAUCACCAAUCCGACGGCUCCUGGGUCCUCACCGUCUCUGACGUUCAAUCCCAGUCCGAAUCCCAGCAGACGAUAGCGACGAAAAAACUCAUCGUCUGCACGGGCAUCACCUCGCAGCCGUAUCUCCCGAGCUUUGUCGGACAGGAUGGCUUCGACGCCUUGCUGUUCCACAUCCGCGACCUCCCCAUCCACCAGGACGGUCUUCUCCAGCCCGACAAGCGCAUCGCCGUCUAUGGGGGCACCAAAUCCGCCUGGGACGCGGUGUACGCGGCUGCGACGGCGGGCGCGCGCGUCGACUGGAUCAUCCGCGACAACGGGCACGGGCCGGUAUGGAUGGCGCCGCCGUACGUGACUCCAUUCAAGCUGUGGCUGGAGAAACUAGUGACGACGCGUCUGAUCACCUGGAUGAGUCCGUGUAUCUGGGGACCAGCGCACUCGCGUCUCCGGACCUGGUUACAUGGGUCCUGGCUGGGUCGGAAGAUCGUCGAUCUCUUCUGGUCGAUUCUGGCGGGUGAUAUCGUCGGCCUGAAUCGAUAUAACGCUCAUCCGGAGACGCGUAAACUCCAGCCAUGGAGUAGUCCGUUCUGGAUCGCAUCGGGGCUUAGUAUUCUCAAUUACCCGAGCAAUUUCUUCGAUCUGAUCGUCUCCGGUCAGGUACGCGUUCAUAUCAAUCAUAUCGAUCGUCUCUCGGAACGGGGUGUUCAUCUCGCUCAUCCCUUGGACUGUGACUCUGCCUCUGCUUCCCCGGAGGAGAAGAAGAAUAUCAAUAUCAAUAUCCUACCCACCGAUGCGCUCAUCUGCUGCACAGGAUGGCAAGCCACGCCUCCGAUUGAAUUCCGACCCGCGUCGAUAGCCCACCAGCUGGGAUUCCCGUGGAACCAGGACCCGAUCCCCGUGGAAAUGAUGCAGGCUGCAGACUCAGAGAUCCUCGCACGAUUCCCACGACUGGCUCACCAGCCUAGUCUACCAGCCUCAUACACACCCGUGGGAGCAGACGCCCCCGCCACGGCGCAUCAUCCGUUCCGACUCGCGCGGUUCAUGGUGCCGCCGGCGCUGGCGAAGCAGCGCUCGCUGGCAUUUAUGGGCAUGACCAUGACCAUCAACACGACGAUGAUCGCGCAGGUGCAGGCGUUAUGGAUCGCGGCGUACUUUGAUGAUGGGAUGGCGUUGAAGUCUCGGGAGAGAUGUCCCGACGAGGUGAGAGAGAAAAUCCUCCGCUCUGGGCUCGGCGAAUCAACCGAUGUCGAUAUCGAUCUGCUCUGGGAAACGACGCUGCAUAGUCAAUUCGGGAUCCAUCGAUACCCAGCAGGAUUUGGGAAACGGAAUCCUGAUUUUGUAUUGGAUGCUGUGCCGUAUGUUGAUUCACUGUUGACGGAUCUGGGAAUGGAUAUCAAUCGAAAGGGCAGUCUCAAAUGGUGGGAACCCUAUGGAAUGGAGGAUUAUCGUGGUCUGGUCGAGGAAUAUACCUCAAAACUAAGCUAG